AUCACUUCUCACAUUCUCAUUCCAAAUGGCCUAUACACUAUUCGUAAUCCUCUCGUUACUCUCCAUUCUUUUCUGCUCUAUCUCAUCCAUUCAUACACGUUUAGAGUCUGAAAUAAAACUCCUCUAUGAAGGUUGGCUUGUAGUACACCAUAAGAACAACUACUAUGAUCUAAGGGAGAAGGAGAAGAGAUAUGAGAUUUUCAAAGACAAUCUUAGGUAUAUUGAUGAGCACAAUGCCGGUAACCACUCGUUUCAGCUCGGUUUGAACGUAUUUGCGGACCUCACCCUUGACGAAUACCAUAAUCUUUACUUAAGCCCUCAGUCUGAAACAUGGAAUAAGACCUUGAAGGUGAGUAAUAGAUAUAAAGUUACCAAGAAGGACAAGCUCCCUGACUCUAUAGAUUGGAGGGAUAAAGGGGCUGUCACUUCUGUGAAGCACCAGGGUGGUUGUAAUAGUUGUUGGGCAUUUGCUGUUGCUGCAACCAUUGAAGGCAUAAACCAAAUAGUCACAGGAGAAUUAGUAUCACUGUCUCCGCAAGAGCUAGUGGAUUGUUUUAACAUGGGUUGCAGUGCUGGUUACCGGCAUCUUGCUUAUGAGUUCAUUGUUAAAAAUGGUGGGAUUCAUACUGAACAAGAUUAUCCUUAUACGGGUAUAAAUACAACGUGUGAUGAAGAACAGAGAAAAGGAAAAGCCGUGACUAUUGAUGGUUAUAAAAUUGUUCCGGUGAGGGAUGAGAAAGCUUUGCAGAAGGCAGUUGUUAACCAACCUAUUAGUGCUGGAGUCGAUGGUUAUAGCCAGGCUUUCCAAUUAUAUCAAUCUGGUAUAUUCAAAGAUUUUUGUACUACAUUUUUGAAUCAUGCAAUUACUAUAAUAGGUUAUGAUAGUGAGAAUGGCAUAGAUUACUGGAGUGUAAAGAACUCAUGGGGAAAUCAAUGGGGAGAAGCAGGAUAUAUAAGAAUUAUGCGUAAUGUUAAUACACCUGAAGGAAAGUGUGGGAUUGCAAAUUGGCCUUUAUACCCUACAAAGAAGGGCAAGCCACUUGGCGUGACGUCAAAGGACACUUCAAAUAGGUCUUCUUCUUGACCUAACCCUGGAAAUAAGUGAAAAUUUUCAUAAUAAGAGAUUCUCAGCAAGGAUUCUAUGUUUAUGCAGGUUUGUAUAUUUUGAUGGAGUAUUAAAAAUAUUGUUGUUACAUUCCUCACUUCCAUAACUAUUUAA